GCCGCCGCCGCCGCCGCCAUGUCCGCGCAUCUGCAAUGGAUGGUCGUCCGGAACUGCUCCAGUUUCCUGAUCAAGAGGAACAAGCAGACCUAUAGCACCGAGCCCAAUAAUCUGAAGGCCCGCAACUCCUUCCGCUACAACGGGCUGAUUCACCGCAAGACGGUGGGAGUGGAGCCCGCGGCCGAUGGCAAAGGAGUCGUCGUGGUUAUGAAACGCAGAUCCGGUCAGCGAAAACCUGCCACCUCUUACGUGAGGACCACCAUCAACAAGAAUGCCCGGGCCACCCUCAGCAGCAUCAGGCACAUGAUCCGGAAGAACAACUACCGCCCCGAUCUGCGGAUGGCGGCCAUCCGCAGGGCCAGUGCCAUCCUGCGAAGCCAGAAGCCAGUGGUGGUGAAGAGGAAACGCACCCGCCCCACCAAGAGCUCCUGAGCCCCACGUCCCAGAAGCAAUAAAGAGUCUGCUGACCUUUCA